AUGCACGAACCAGUCAUUGCCCCCUUCUUCGUCGUUUCCUAUUCAAUUCUCGCUGGUAUUGGCGCCCCUGCCAAUUUGUUGGCAAUCAUAAUUCUAUCUCGAGGACGGUGCAAUCUAUCCCGGUGCAUCACCUCCUACCUGGUGGCUAUCGCAGUGACUGAUUUCUUUGUCAUCAUCACCGCAGUAAUCCUCAAUCGAAUCAGCCGCAUCUAUUUCCGGGAAAGUGUCUUGUCGACCACUCCUGUGUGCACUCUCAGCGUCGUACUGGUCUAUGCCACGCGGGAUUGUUCGGUCUGGCUAACAGUCGCCUUUACCAUCGACCGUUUCGUGGCCAUCUGCUGCCAGAAGUUGAAGACCAGAUACUGUACAGAGAAAACGGCGUCUCUGGUCAUUGGAAUUGUAUGUGCUCUAUGCUGCGUCAAGAAUAUUCCAUACUACUUUAUCUACGAACCCUUAUACAUCUUAGAUGGGGUAUCGUGGUUUUGCAACAUCAAAGCCAACUUCUACGUCUGGCCAGCUUGGCAGGCUUAUGAUUGGCUCUUUCAGAUUUAUACCCCUUUCCUCCCAUUUUUCGUUAUUCUGAUGCUGAACGUCCUGACCAUAAGACAGAUCCUAGUGGCUAACAGAGCCCGAAGGAGGCUCCGAGGUGCAGAGAAGCAACAAGACCCGGAGAUGGCCCACCGCAAGAGAUCCAUCAUCCUACUGUUCGCCAUCUCUCUCAGCUUCCUCCUCCUGUGGGCCCCUCUUGUCGGACAUUUCAUCUACAUGCGGCUUAAAGCAGAGAGCUACUUCGGUGGAUUAGAUUUCAGUGACCCACAGUAUAUCUUCCAAGAAACGACCAACACACUUCAGUUAUUCAGUUCCUGCAACAACGUCUUCAUUUAUGCAAUAUCUCAGAAUUUGUUUAGAAAGGAGUUAAUGAACUUUUUGAUGUACCCCUUCGCCACCCUCACCAAUUUCUUUAAACGCAGAGUGGAAUAA